AUGCUGCUGAAGUUUGUUUGCUCGCCGCUGCUGCCGCUCCUGCUGGCGGCAAGCUUGCAAGCUGCUGCCGCCACUGGGGUUCCCCCAGCAACUUCAGCACCUGCCUAUGAUAAAGCUUUGCAACUCGCGGCGGCUGCACCGGCGGGAGUGUUGCAGCCCUUCCUCUCGGAGGAGCGAGCCAGCGGCCUCGUGGAGAGCGUCGAUCGGACCUACUCGGGGGGAGGCAAGGUGGGUUACAUCCUCUACGCGGGGGGGCAGCGCUUCCUCCUGGAUCUGGAGAAGGACGCGCUGCUGGGCUCCGCCGAACAGCUGCUUCGGGGCAAAGGCCACUGCUACUACCGGGGCACGGUGGACGGCAGCCCCCAGUCCUUGGCCGUCUUCGACCUGUGCGGGGGCUUGGAUGGCUACUUCGCGGUCAAGCACGCCCGCUAUACCGUGAAGCCUUUGCUCCGGGGCAACGCGGAGGAAGCGGGGGAGGAGGAGGAGGAGCCCGCCCGGGAGCGGAUCUACGGCGAUGGGUCCGCCCGGGUGCUGCACCUUUUCUUCAGGGAGCAUUUCAGCUUCGAGACGCUGCCUGCCCGCCCCAGCUGCGAGACGCGCGGCUCGUCCAGGCCCCCCGUGCUGGAUCAAGAGAGACUGGGGCCCCGGGGUCAGCGGGAGACGGAUCCCACCACCAGGGCGGCGCUUUCCCCCGAGGCUUUCUCCCCGACGCGGGCGGGCCCCGGGAGCAGGAAACGGCGCUCGGUCUCCAGGGCCAGGCAGGUGGAGCUGCUCCUGGUGGCCGACGACUCCAUGGCCAAGAAGUACGGCAAGGGCCUCCAUCACUACCUCUUGACGCUGGCCACCAUUGCCUCCCGGCUCUAUGGGCACGCCAGCAUCGAGAACCACAUCCGCUUGGCCGUGGUGAAGGUGGUGGUGCUGGGGGACAAGGAGAAGGGCUUGGAGGUGAACAAGAACGCGGCCACUACGCUCAAGAACUUCUGCAAGUGGCAGCACCAGCACAACCAGCUUGACGACGAGCACGAGGAACAUUACGACGCUGCCAUCCUCUUCACCCGUGAGGAUUUAUGUGGGCAUCAUUCAUGUGAUACUCUGGGAAUGGCUGACGUUGGAACCAUAUGCUCUCCUGAGCGCAGCUGUGCAGUGAUUGAAGAUGACGGCCUCCAUGCGGCUUUUACAGUGGCUCACGAAAUUGGGCACCUCCUUGGACUUUCCCAUGACGACUCCAAAUUCUGUGAGGAGAACUAUGGUUCCAUGGAAGAUAAGAGACUUAUGUCUUCCAUCUUAACAAGCAUUGAUGCUUCCAAACCAUGGUCCAAAUGCACUUCUGCAACAAUAACAGAAUUUCUGGACGAUGGCCAUGGUAACUGUUUACUGGAUCAACCACGAAAACAGAUCUUAGGCCCUGAGGAACUUCCAGGACAAACAUAUGACGCCAUCCGUCAAUGCAAGCUGGCAUUUGGGCCUGACUACACCGUGUGUCCUGGGAUGGAUGUGUGCUCUCGGCUGUGGUGUGCGGUUGUUCGCCAAGGUCAGAUGGUGUGCCUGACCAAAAAGCUCCCUGCUGUGGAGGGGACACCAUGUGGAAAAGGAAGGAUCUGCCUCCAGGGGAAGUGUGUUGAUAAAACAAAGAAAAAAUAUUAUUCGGCUUCAAACCAUGGAAAUUGGGGAUCCUGGGGGCCGUGGGGCCAGUGCUCUCGUACAUGUGGUGGAGGUGUUCAAUUUGCCUAUCGUCACUGCAACAACCCAGCACCUAGAAACAACGGUCGGUAUUGCACUGGAAAGAGGGCCAUCUAUCGCUCCUGUAACAUCAUGCCCUGUCCUGCCAAUGCUAAAGCUUUUCGCCAGGAACAAUGUGAAGCAAGGAAUGGCUACCAGUCGGAUGCAAAAGGUGUCAAAACCUUCGUAGAAUGGGUCCCCAAGUAUGCAGGAGUGCUCCCUGGGGAUGUUUGCAAGCUUACCUGUCGAGCCAAAGGAACUGGCUACUAUGUAGUUUUCUCUCAAAAGGUGAUUGAUGGAACGGAAUGUAGGCCAUAUAGUAAUUCUGUCUGUGUCCGUGGCAAAUGUGUCAGAACCGGAUGUGAUGGCAUUAUUGGCUCAAAGCUCCAGUAUGAUAAAUGUGGAAUCUGUGGUGGGGACAACUCUAGCUGCACAAAAGUUAUGGGAACCUUUAAUAAAAAGAGUAAGGGCUACACGGAUAUCGUGAAAAUACCAGAAGGAGCAACACACAUCAAAAUACGGCAGUUCAAAGCUAAAGACCAGAGUAGGUUCACAGCAUACUUGGCCCUGAAAAAGAAAAAUGGUGAGUACCUUGUCAACGGAAAGUACAUGAUCUCAACCUCAGAAACCAUCAUUGACCUCAAUGGAACUGUCAUGAACUACAGCGGCUGGAGUCACAAAGAUGAUUUCUUGCAUGCCAUGGGACAUACAGGCACAAAGGAGAUCCUGGUUGUACAGAUCCUUGCAACCGACCCAACUAAACCAGUGGAUGUCCGUUAUAGUUUCUACGUGCCAAAGAAGCAGACCCAAAUGACAAACUAUGUCACCAGCAACAGCAGCAGUAACAAGCUAACGCCUCCACUCACACAACCGCAAUGGGUGACUGGGCCGUGGCUUUCUUGUUCUCGAACAUGUGAUACAGGUUGGCAUACAAGAACUGUCCAGUGUAAAGAUGGGAAUGAAAAAUUAGCAAAAGGAUGCCUUCUGUCUCAAAGACCUUCGGCGUUCAAGCAGUGCUUGCUCAAAAAAUGUUAACCUGUGGUUGUGGGCUUCUUAAAAAGGAGUCUGUUUUAGGUCAUAGUCGACAUAUUGACAUAAGGUCUACUCAAGCACAGAGAAAAGCCAAUACAUCAAGCUACUUUCAUAUCGUCUGAAAAUUAUGGGCAGAAUCUGCCUAUUUGGACCAAAUGAAGAUAUGUAAUGCUCUGAGUGAUAAUGAGGUGAUCUUAAUAUGUCAAAGGCACUAAGCAUUAGUUGUUACAAGCCCUUUGUAUCUGCAAAUAAGAAGAGGAUAAGCCAGUGAAUGGGUCAUCAUGGGAUAGCUGAAGGUUACAGGUUCAUCUCCCUUUUCUCACCUACCUCUAACACAGUCUGUCUUUGGACAACUCGUUAUACUUACCCAUGAUACCACAAUAGCUUCUUUUAUACUAUUUGUAAAUAUCUUUGCUUUGGUGUGUCACUUUAUAUCACUUGAUCUUCUUGCGAAAGAACAACAUUCUCUCUAUAUGACGCAAGGGGUUGACCAAAGUAUGUCGACAGCCAUUGCAAACUCCGUCACGUUUUCAAAAAUGGCUGUGGAUAUUUUACUGGAAAAUUAAGAGCUUGCUG